AUGAGAAAAAAUGGCACCGUUUUUCACGGUUCUACGAAAGCCAUUCCAGCUCUUCUGGUCAAGAAAUGUCGUAAAUUAGAAUCGGCAGAAGCAGCUGUUGUAGAAUUGGCCCAGAAAGAGGUGUCUGAUCUUAACGGGAAGAAGAAAAUAUUGAAAUCAAUGAAGAAGAAAAAGUCGGACUCCGGUGCAAAGGAUUUAAAUGAUUUAUGUACAGCUAUUGUCCAGAAGCAGACACCGCUAGAUGCCACAACGCAACAGGUCGCAGCAUCUCAACAUGAUCACAAUCAUAAUGCCACUUCAGCGGCAGCAUCAUUUGUGCACAAUGCUGACGACGAUUCAAUGUCGGUUGAAACUUUUGAAGUCAAUACUGCGUUGCCGGUAAUGAAUCUAUCACUACGAGAGAGCCUUGUACAAGAUGAAGUGGUUGAACAGAACAUAUUGAAGUCCUACACUGUUUCAGAUCAUGAGCUAUACAGAAUGAAUCCGACGAAUGUUGCUGAUGUAAAUCUUCCUACAGAACGGCAACCAGAUAUUACGGAACAAACAGGAAACCCGAAUGAGAAUGUAACCGAUCUCGAUGCACUUAUCAAGCAAGCAGUUUUUGACUCGGUGAAUGAAGCUGUUUCAACAUCCUUUGAAUCAUAUUUGAGCAAGGUAGUCGAAAAGUUUUGA